AUGCUCUCUUUCUCGCUUAAAGUGAACGAUAAACUGAAGUCGAAAACUGCAUCGUGUUCAAAGCACAGUGUAGGCGUUCCCAGUCCAUUUAUUAUUCCAAGCCAUCGUUUUACAGCUUCAUCUUACCUUCCAUCCUUUAAACCGUCCUUGGCUCGAUUAGAGGGUGGUUAUUCAUGGUUAACUCGCGCAUCAAGUAAUGAAUACCUUCAGAUCGAUCUGGGUCAAAUAUUUCGCAUAUGUGCUGUGUUGACCCAAGGAAGCCCCCGUUAUGAUCAUUGGGUCAAAAAUUAUACACUUCAAUACUCACAUGAUAAUAAACUAUGGGAAACAUAUCAAGAGUGGGAUGGAAAGCGAAAAGAGAAGACAACAAAGUUUUUUCAAGCAAACUCAGACAGAUCAACCAUUGUCACUAAUCACAUCAAGUACCCCUUCAAAGCAAAGUUUGUUCGAGUGGUUCCUGGAAAAACUUACAGCAACAUGAUGUCGUUAAGAGUAGAUUUUAAGGGAACCGCAGAAGCAUGUACCGUUCCCCUUGGUGUUGAAAACAAUGGAAUCUCAGAUUCUCAGAUGACGUCAUCAUCUUCAUUAGACAUUUCCCAUGCUGCAUCGCGAGGUCGCCUGUACGGUAACUCUUCAUGGUGCAGCUCAAGUUCGUCGAACAUCUCGUACAUACAGGUUGACCUGGGGCGAGUAAAGACGGUCACUGGAAUAGCAACACAGGGGAACCCAUCGCGAGAUAUUUGGGUGAAGUCCUUCAUUCUCAGAUAUUUCCGAAGCGGCUUGUGGCAUAGUUAUAAGGAAGGAAAAGCUACGAAGGAGUUCACUGGAAAUAACAAUAAACAUGACGUUAUAGUCAACUGGUUAUGCCGACCACUAACAACGCGUUACAUCAGAAUAAUUCCCCUGACAAAUAUGGGUGGAUGGAAGUGCAUGCGACUUGGUCUGUAUGGAUGCGAUUAUUCUGGUAAUUGUUACACUCCAAGAAUCAAUACUUUAUCGACGCUUUUUACAACAAAGUUGCCCACUGAAAGGACAACUGAAAAAGGUAAUUGUUACACUCCAAGAAUCAAUACUUUAUCGACGCUUUUUACAACAAAGUUGCCCACUGAAAGGACAACUGAAAAAGGAAUGAAUAUUGUUGUUCCAGCAGAGUCAAGCUCUACCGUACCUAUGGUGAUAGCUGUCAUAGCAUUAGGAGCGUUGGUUGGAUUUUCAUUGACGACAAAUGUCUUCCUUGCUUACAAAUUAUACAAGAAUAAAAAAGGUUUUCAGAUAAGUUCAUCUCCGGAUGGACAGCCCACUCAUUCUCUGGAUAACCAUGUAACAAACGAAGGCUUCAUUCAGGAAGAACGAGCAACGACAAACGACGAGAUAAACCAAUCAACUCAAGAGACUGGAGAGUACAUGGAACCAAUCGACAAUAAUAUAGCAACAAGACCUAUGACAAUGCCAAAUACAGAAGCAAAUUCAACAUAUAUGCCACUUAAGCCAAAAGAACAAGCAAUUUACCAGCCUUUACUGAGAAAUGGAAAUAAAAUGGGAAAUGAAAGAAAGGAAGGCAAAAAACCUACGGAAUACUUAGAAAUAUUGCCUGAGGAAGAUUUGACAGCACCGUAUGAGGACAUGUCAACAAACGUCUAGAAAAUCUCGUACAAAAUCAAAAUGGCACAUUUUUGCACUAAAUCUGCAACUGAAGCAGAACAAAGUGCCCUGCAUAUUUUUGGUUGAGGGCGUGGAAUCAAGUAGGGGGACCAAAGGAUUUUUAAACAUUUUUUUCCGGCAUUUUGAGGGGUUUGGGGAACAUAUUUUAUGCAGUGAAUCUACGAACAUUUUACUUACUGCCAAAAGGUAUAAGUAAAGGGGGUUAAAAAUAACAUUGCUACGUGUUCCCUAAAACAUCCUUUCAAUCACCAUUGUUCUUUGCAGGCACAACUUAUUUACUGCACAAAACAAUUCAACGAAGUACUACACCAUGGCAAAUCAAUAAAUAGUUAACUUAGAUACAAGCUUUUCCAGAGAAAAGGGUGACUUUAACUUGUGUUCAUUAAGAAGCUUUCAUACAAAGCUUAUUUAAUAGGUGAAACAUUACCAAACCGAUUUUGCAAUUUACUGAAUUUUUAAAAAUAAACGUUUGGCCUCAAAUAAGGUGCAAAUUUCCUUGUUAUUUUAGCAAAACUUCGAGGUUAAACUGAGUUAGGGUGGCAAAAAAAUUGAAAAAAAUGAUAGUCACUGUAUAAUCUACUCCAAACAGUAAAACAGGCGCAUUAGAUCAUAUCCACACGCAAAUUUGUACCAUAUUCAUUGUAAGUGAUGAAAUUAUUAUCAUUAUUACUCUAGUGUUCUAGUCUAUUCAAUCAAAACAGUUAUCAGUUUUAAACUUUGUUGAUAUUUUUUGAAAUACUUUAUGUGCUUGUACAUUUAGUGAUCAGUAAUCAAAAUAAAAACAUAUAAGUUUA